UGCAGGUAGUUUCACACAGCGCAGAAAUCACGUUUGGUGUGCCGCGGUUCGUGGAGAUUAUAAUACAAAACCUGUACCUUAGUCUGUGAUAGGCUUUGGUUAGUUGUAUUACAGAGAUUACAUCCGCCCUACGCAAGAAGAGACGAUACUUUUUUUGUCUGACCGUUGCUGGUUGUGCUUUCGCAUCUACUGUUGCUAGCUAAUGAGAAGUGGUUAGCUGAACAUGGUAACGUUAGUUGGAGCUAACAUCAUCAGUGGUCUUGUUUUUACGGGUAUUCUGUGAUUAAAGGAGCUCCAGGGUUCAGUAUAAACAGCGUCCUACAGGACACACAAGGAGCCACCAAAAGAAAAGGAGUAGCGGGAGGCUAGCGUUUUCUAUAGCUAGCUUUGUGAUUUGUAUUUGCAGUCCUCGGUGCCACGGAGCCGUGCAACUGUCCACGUCUAGUCUCGUCUGCUGUGUUUAACGUUGCCAGCUGAGCUAGGCCACGUCCCUGCGGGCGUAUUUCAUCUACUGACAUAGGACGAAUUGCAGAGAAGAUGCCUAGUGUGCGGAAGGAGGAAGGAGAGUAAGGAUCACUAGAAAUGUGAAAGUCUUGAACAUUCAUGACUGUGAAUCUGUGUAGUGUUUGCAUUUCGGAGCGGUUGCCGCAUAUACACGGCAUGUCACGUAGACAGAUGUGUUUUACACCGGGAGAAUACUCUCACUGAGCUCUGUAGGUUGCGGUAACAAUCCGAAGUAACGUUAUACUUUGAGGAAAUGGUUGGGUUUGGUGCAAACCGGCGGGGAGGCCGCCUCCCGUCUUUCAUCCUCAUCUUCUUGAUGGUGAUCAUCGCCAUACUGUCUUUCAACUACUGGACAGUGUCCAACAAGCACGGCCGCUUGCUGGAUGAGCUGGCGGAGGUACAGACGCAGGUGAAGCGCACGGACGCGGCGCGGAGCCGGCUGGAGAAGCGAAACUCGGAGCUGAUGGUGCAGGUGGACACGCACAGGAAGCAGAUCGACCAGAAGGAUGGAGACUACAGCGUCCUGGAGGGCAAGCUGCAGGCCCGAGAGGCGCUCAUCAAAAAGUGCACUGAUGAAAAGAUGAAGCUGCAGGGUGAUGUCACUGCCCAAAUGACAGAAAUCCAGAGGCUCAAAGAGCAGCUAAAGGAGCUGAAGCAGGAGUUCAUGAAACAGGAGGAGCAGCUAAGAGAAGUGAAGAAAAAUAGCACUACAUUGGAAAGAAAACUGGAGUAUGAGAGUUUACAGUGUGGACGUCAGAUUGCACAACUGAAAGACGAGUAUGAAGAAUCAAAAAAGACCCUGGAGGAAGAAGCAUCAAAGCUAAGACAGAGUGUAUUGGACGGCCAAAAGGGUGUAGUGGCAGGUAGACAUGCAGAUGGAGCACCUGGUGUGGAGAUGGUUGGAGAGCGCCAUACAGUGGCCACUCACCGACACAACACUGCAGAUUUAAAGGAAGAGAUGGGUAAGCCUGGCAGUGAUGCUGGCAUGCCUGGUAUUGAAGACAGUGAGGUGGGAAAAAUCGAUGAUGUGCAAUUCGCCUUGAAGAAACCAGCCAUCACUCAGAAACAUGACGAGGCCCCUGAUGUGGUUGUGGGAGCUGGUGCUGGACCUGGAGUCGGGGCAGCUGAUGGCCCGGGGGGCCAGGGCCUGUCCCUGGACCAGCCCAGGCUACAGCAGGACAGAGUGGAGGGCCGAGCAGCAGUGGUUGCACCUCCAGCCAUCAUCAAACAGGCAGACAAGCCGAUAGUGUUUGAAGAAGACAACAAGGCAGGUAUCAAGGCAGACGAGCUGGGAGAACAGCAAAGACAACUUCGAGCUCCAGAUAACGUCAAGGGUGACAAUGAACACUUGAAGGGGAUUCCUCUGCCCCCCAACCCUGCCCAGGUGCCCAACCCCAUCCAGCCUCACCACGCCAAAGACCAAGUCCCUGCAGAGCCAGUACACCACCGCCAAAGCCGGUUCUUUGAUGAGAACGAGUCCCCAGUAGAUCCGCAACACGGCUCUAAGCUAGCGGACUACAAUGGGGAUGAUGGGAACGUGGGUGAGUAUGAGGCCGACAAGCAGGCUGAGCUGGCCUACAAUGAGGAAGAGGAUGGUGAUGGUGGGGAGGAAGACGUUCAAGAUGAUGAUGAUCGGGACAUGCAGGGAGAUCGGGCUGUGGAUUAUGGAAAAAGACAUCAAGCCAUUGACAUUCUUUGAAUUGGAACUUGUACAGCCGUAACUCAUAAAAAAUAUUCAGACCUUCCUCUACAGCCAAGGUCUUUCUUGAGAAAUAGUUUGAACAUCAGUAUGUUUAAGAAUUUAUAUGGUGCAUCCUCAAUGUCAUGGACUGAACAGACAUUGCAACUAAUGAAUUAAUUCUGAAUAACAACAAAAUACAAAGAAAAAAAUAUCAUGGCAUUGUCCUGAGCUGCUCUUGAUUUGCUAAUGGUUCCAAGGGAGUAGAGAUGAUAUACUGUACAUUGACUGUUGAGAUUUGUUAUUUGAUAACUGCCUCAGUUCAUAACAGAGUGGUCCAAAUAAGCUCUGUUGACCCACAUCUGAACUCCAAGGUCGAACUGUGUUUUGUUUUUGCUACUUUUCUUUUCAGAUUGCUGUUGCUUCAUAUAAACAAACUCUUCACUCGAGAUGUUUAUCAAAGACACUAUUUCGGCAUUCUGUCUUUCCAACGUUGUUUUGGGACUCUUACAUGGAAGACCUUUUUUUUUGUUUACAGGAAUGGGAAUACAUUACAAAUGCCAAGGACACUUCUUAUGGCCUAUUAAAUCAAUUUUUUUUCUUUAUGACAGACACUAAAAAGUGCUCCUCAUUGUUUUUUUUCUUAAUGAUGCCAUUGCAUGCAUUUAAAACAUUUUUAUUAAUAAUCAAAUUGAGCAAAAUACUGAUGCUUAAGCAAUACUUAGAGCAAUGUUAGGAUCCUCCACAGUGUGCAAAGAUGAACUAAGCACAUGGAACUGACAUACUGUACACAUGCUUCCAUUAAUGAGGUCUCUUGUACAUAAUGUAGUUGAACUGUUACCAUUUGUACUGAGGAAACCCAAUUCCUCACCUUUAGGAAAAUCCGUUAACAUGAAAUCAGUUGUGUUUGUGCAGCCCGGAAAAUUGAUUUCUCAUGGAAAGGCAGAUUGAAUGUAAUUUAAUUUUAUUAAAGGUGAUGCUUCAUGUCA